CUCGAGCGUAUCAUCAUCAUAUCCUUGCAGUCUGGGUGACAUCUCUAUCAGCUAUCAACAGGGUACGACCAAUCUGCAUUAGACAGGGCCAUCAUAACCAUGACAGACAGUAUCAAAGCCGCUCAGACCCACGCCUCUCAUGACGAGCAGGUCCAAUCGAGCAAGCCGAGGAUCGCCUACCCUCAACUCACCGUCCUCUCGUCCAUCGUCGAGACGAGCGCAGGACGAGACAAGACGCUCAAGGUCGUGCAGUAUGGAGCUAGGAACUAUCUAUACCUCCUCAAAUUAGUACUAGGGCUUCAUGUGAUGAAGCGCGACCAUGUACAGAGAUUGGGACAAGCGGUCGGGAGCUUAUCCUUGGCCAGAAAAUGUAUGAUCCUGUUUUCUCCAUUGACGCCGCUCAUCCUGCUGUUACAAUCGGAUUCGAGUACGGCGCCGACCACUCUGAUAGCGUCCUUUAUCGCCCUUCUCAACGGGAUAGCGGAUGACAUGUUCUGCUUAUCAAGACUCGGCCUAUUGAGCAAACGACGAGGUCUUUGGGCCGACAAGUGGGCGAACCGAUUCUGGUUGAUGAAGAGCGUCAACCAAUUCUACAAGCUAGAAAUCUCCCGUGCCAAAUCCGGGACGGACCUGAUCGACUUUGAACGGCGUAACCGGUGGAUGUACAGAAAACUCGCCUGUGACAUCAUAUUCGCCAGCUAUACGGUCUUUGAUAUCACGAAACAGAGAGAACUUGUGCAGAAUGUGACGGGCUUGAUGGCGGGCUUGAUCAGCAUGACCCAGUUGUACACUACACACCAUGCGAAAUUGUAUUCGGUAGUCAAGUAAUGCAUUUGUGAAGCUGGCGUGUGAUACUCAGCGGUCUGAUAGACUCGAAAUCGAAGUGAGAUACAGAUGGGUGUUUGGACGAGCCAGGCAGAUAGAUAACUGCCUCGCUCCGUCAUUUAGAAUCCAGCGCUCAAACCGAAACCUUGGCGUAACGCCAUUUCGAUCUGUAGCGCCGCUUGUGCAGCCAGAUCGUCAUCUUCCACCGGUGGUGGAUGU